UCUCCACCUCCGUGGCUCCUUGCCUCCUUCCAAAAUAUCAAACUGCUCCAAAUGAGUUUCUGAUUGGAAUCGGGAAGCUUCUAGGGUUUCGAUUUGUCUUUCGGCGUUCAUCUCGUGUCUUCUACUUCUUCUUCUUCACUCUCUCUUCCUCGCAUCUUUGAUACAGUCAAGGUCACCUAGCCUCUUCUUCAAGAGAUUUUUACAAGCACCAGCCCUGUUAAAAGCAGUAAACUCAUCAGAAAGGAUAAGCUAAUUUUUCAGGUGCAUAACCAGUAGACAUACUCGGAGAAACGCACAAGGAGUGUUAGUUACAUUUACCAACCAGGAGCUAGCAAGGUUAGAAAGAACAAAUCGUCAACAACCAGGACAAUCCGACACCACUAUGAGUGAUCAAGCCAAUCAGGAUGAUCUUAUUGCUGCAAUGGCACUCAUGCAGCAGCAGAUGCAACAGUUGCAGCAGACCAUUCAAGCGCAGGAACAAGCUGCUCAGCUGCAGCAGGAACAACAGGCGCAUACUGCUUCAAUCGGGCAGAGAAACCUUCCUUGCAACAUCCAUACUACUCGUUCUGCCAUAGUUCCUCCACCCUGCAUUAGGCAGGAAUUCGAGAUCAAGUCUGCUUUGAUCGGUCUAGUAUAGAGAAAGGUGUUCUCUGGUCUCUUACAGAAAUUCCAAUGGAGCAUAUUGAGAGCUUCGAAAAAAUAUGCAGUUUUACUCGCGCGAAUGGUGUUCCACCAGACUACAUCAAGUGCACGUUGUUCUCAUUCUCUCUAGAUGGAAGAGCUGCACGGUGGUUGAACUCUCUCCCUACCGGCUCUCUCACUUCAUGGGAACAGGUCCAAUCAACAUUCCUCAACCAUUUCUACUCUAAGGCGAGAACAGCUGCAUUGAGGAACAAGAUCACCUCCUUCAGACAACUCAUCGAUGAGCCUUUCUGCGAUGCAUGGGAGCGCUUCAAUGACUAUCGCAGAGAAUGUCCUCACUAUGGAUUUGAUGAUGACUACCUCUUGGAAAUUUUCUAUGAUGGAGUUGACUGGGAAUUUCAGAGUGCUAUGAACUCUGCCAGCAACAGUGAUUUCAUGACUCAGACCACUAAUGGAGCGUUUGAGCUGAUUGAGAAAAUGGCUGCUACCUCAGCCAAUAAGAACGAGGAGAGCGAUCGCUCCAAGAAAGAGAACAGUUCAGACACUCAGAAGAUAGAUGAGUUGAUUGCCAAGGUUGAUCAGCUACUGAAAAAUAACCAAGGGCACGUCUUCAGCAUGGAGUAAGCUACGACCGUACAUAUUCAGAACCAGAACCAGCGACAAUCGCAGAGCAAUCGGCAAGCUGUUCCAGCUACCGGGAACAGUCAACCAGAUGAGCUGAAGGUUCUGGGUAUGAUGAUGCAACAACUGUUGCACGGUAUGCAGAUUCAGGGCAAUGCAUUGAAUCAGGUUUCUACAAACAUCAACACCAGGAUGGACAACAUUUUCACCGAGCUGAAUACAAAGUAUGAUACUGUGAGCAACCACAUAAAGAGGAUUGAUGUUCAAUUUGUUCAAACAACUGAGAGUGUUAAGAGGCAGCAAGGUAUGCUUACUGGAAAGAGUGCGAUGAACCCUAGGGUUGAGCACUGUAAUGCAGCAGAGGUGAGAUGUGAGAAAUCUGAGGAAAAAGAACCAGAGCAACUGUCUGCUGAGACUGCUCCAGGCGCAGAAGAGAGAACAGAGCAGCCUGCUAGCUCUAAUGUGACUGCUCCCGACGAACCUAUUGAGAUUCUACCUGUGCGAGUCUAUGUUCGUAAGGUUCCAUAUCCAACUCCACCUAAACAUCUGAUGGAUCCUAUUAGUGCAGAGCAGCUGGCUGGGUCUAUGAAGAUGGCAAGAAGGCUUCUUCAAAAUAUCUCAUUUGAACAUGCUUGGGAGAUUAGGCCACUGCACAUGUUCUUCAAAAAUUGCAGAGAAUCUGAGGAGGAAAUCAAGGCACUAUUUACUGAAGCACUGACACCAUCGCUGAAGGUAAUGCCUAAGGUUGAUGACCCUGGAAAGUUUAUUUUUCCUUGUUCCAUUGCUGGAGUGGAAUUCAAGGAAGCUCUUUGUGAUUCUGGGUCUAGUGUGAGCCUUGUCUCAAGGGCGAUUGUAGACGAGCUGAACAUUGUGGACAUUGAGCCUUCUCAGGUGAAACUGGCUUUUGCAAACUCUUCCAUGACAGUCCCUUAUGGCACAAUUCACAACCUUCCUGUCCAAGUUGGGAACUGUAUUCUCCAUACCGAAUUUCAGGUUGUUGAGAUGAGCAAGGAUCAUGAGAUGCCUUUGAUCUUUGGAAUGUCAUUUAUAGCUACAGUUGGAGCAGUCGUCGACAUGCCUAAAAAGAGAGUUUCCUUCUCCAACAUCAACAAGAAGGUUUUCUACAAGGCUCUCCCAACCAGAUCACAAAUCUGCUACGCCUCUUGCAUCUCAGUGGUUAGUGGAGAACAGCUGGAUAUUGUUCCUAAGAAAGAGCUUGGUAAAAAGGGUGAGAUCAAAGAAGUCCUGGAUGGAGAUCCUCACACGGAUACCAAGAAACUCAGUGGGAAUGCAAAGGUGAAUGAAAAAGUCCAUAAGAAAAGGGUCAUGGGUGACCCUAUGAUGACUUUGAUACGUCAGUUGUGUGAUGAGAAAUCCAUUGAGUAUGAGGUAAAGUGCAAGGGUACCUCUAAACCUUUCUCUAAGGUCAGAGUAAUUCACACACAUGAGCUGAAAGAGAAAGGAGAAGCUGUUGUGAAAGGGUUGUUGAGCAAAGUUUUGAAGCUGAACAUGUCUGAUUGUGGAGCUUGUUUUGGAACAAGCCCUCAUGCUCAACCCGACUGAUCCCUGUGACCAAGUCAAACUAGUGACUUAAACCAAGCGCUUGGUGGGAGGCAACCCACUAGUAAGUGUAAAUAUAACUUGGUUUUGUUUUGUUUUCUUAUUUUUCGUUUUAGUUUAUUGAGUCUCAGGUCAAAAAGCAGAAAAACCCGAGAUACUUCAAAAAUUAUGGGUUGCAGCAACGGAACAACCUACCCCUUGAAAAGAGCGGCUGUUCCAGACGACCAUCUGACGAUAGAACACCUAGAAUUUUCAUGGAGCACCCGCUCCACUCAGGUAAGUAUCUCAACAAAAAAAUGUUUAUUCUUUCUUUCACCUUCUUUCUGAUUUAUUUUCACACCAGGGACGGUGUGAAGUAAGUCUGGGGGAGGGUUUUCGUCGUUUACUAACUCGCUUCUUUCUUCUGUUUUUCUUUUGAGCCAAUUUGAGUCAGUUUUUAUGAUCGAGUCAGUCAAAACUUUGUGGGAAUUAGGACCUUAUUCCGUGUUGAUCACUAACCAUCUCGUGCUUUAGUUAUCUUAUUCAGUGACCUUAGCGGUG